UCUCAGCUGGGUGCAGGUGGUUGGACAAGAACAACAAAACAGUUCUUCUGCUUUACCAAACAGACUUAAACUUGUGGUUGUGAGUUGUGGUUUUUUGUUUGCUUUGGUUUUUGUUUUUUUAAUUAAUGGAACUGAAAUUGGACGGUUCAAGGCAAGCAAAAGCAAGGCACCCUGUCUCCUUACUUUUGGGUAUACAAAUCUCCCUGUAUUUAUUCCAUCAGGGAAAAAAGAGAAGAAGUGUCCAGACCUGGGUCUCUCUGCCUAGUUGGUCAGGAGCAGUGGGAGGGCAUCCCUGCUAUGUCCGAGUCUCCUGCUUGCUGCCCUCUGCUCGUGGUGACAGACAGUUUUGACCGGGCCACAUCUCUGCUUCUGGAGGGAAAAGCAAAGCUUUCUCUGAGGCCUAUUUCAGCUCCCAGGACCCUUGUGCUGCCCCAAAUGUCUUUGCAGCUGCCCAGCGAGAAUUUCUGUCUUUCACAUCCUCUUCCCCUGCUUACACAAUCUGCAGCUAGUAUUUUCCUUUCUCUUUUUCUCUCUUUUUUUUUUUUUUUUCCCUUAUCGCAGAAAGGCCUCCCCGUCUAAUCUAAUUCUCCCACUCCUUUGUCACAAGCAGAUGUCACUUUUACAUCUGUGCGUCUGCUCAAUCCCCCCGUCUCCCCCAGCCCAGCAGAUGUUGCCGCCGCCGCGGCCGCCGCCGCCGGGGGGAAAAGCAAAGCGCAGAUCCCUCUGCUGGCCGCCACCGCCGAGGGGAAAAGCAAAGCGCAGAUCCCUCUGCUGGCCGCCACCCGAACGCCACGGGUCUCGGCCGAGAGAGGGACGGACAAAUAGAAGGGACUAUUAUUAUUAUUAUUAUUAUUAUUAUUAUUAUUAUUAUUAUUAUUAUUAUUAUUAUUAUUAUUAUUAUUAUUAUUCCUUCUUCACUUCUUCCUCGCCACUAUCAUUACUAUUGCAAAUCCCCCCAUCCCAGCUGAUGAGGCAACAGGAGACCGGCCAAGAAGGCGUGCGGUGGCCUGGCAUCCUAAGCCAGCGCGGAGAGGCAGAGCGGCAGCGCCGGUGUCCCCUGCCCCCGAGCAGAGCCACCAAGCCCAGCCCGAGCAGCCGCUGCCAGCGGGGCAGCAGCAGGGACAACAAAAAGUGGGAAUUCUUUUCUCCCGGGAGUGGCAGGCAGCCCCGCGACGUGUCGGGGACAGGAAGGUGUCCCCGCACCGUCCCCCUGUAGCAGAGGAACAGCCAACACCUGUCCCCGCCCGCCCGCUCCCGUCCCCCGAGGGGCUCCGCAGCGCCGCGGGCGCGGGGCCGGCGAAGGCCGCGCUCCGUGUAGCCCGCACGCCAGGGCCCGGCCGCAGCGCCGUGGGAUGCUCCGGCCGCUCCCUCCGGAUAAAGCAAUGGCAAAGGAAGCCUCGUCCGUGUCUAACAUUUUAUUCGGGCGGGUGGGACGGUGGCGGCGCGGCCGGAGCCGGCCCGGGACGCGCUUUCCCAUGGGCGGCGGCGGCCGUACAAAGGCGCGCUGUUCCCUGUUUUGUUCCGCUGCCUCCGAGCAUUCCUCCCGCAGCCUGAGGGGAGCGGACCGGGCCCCUCUCAGUGCUCAGGAAGAGGAAAGAACAGUGGCUUCUAAACACUCGGCGCGUUUUUCCCCGGCACCAGACCCCGUCGCGCCUCCAGCCGCCGCGCACCCCGCGCUGCCCGGCUGGGCCGGAGUUUACGAUCGAGACAAAAGGGCUCUUCUGGAAGGAGGGAAAGAAAAGAGGGGGUGAAGCAAACGGGAGGCUCUAAUUCUAUUUGUGUCGCCUGGAAAUCAGAGGGGUUUUUCCACACUUCGCCUUGAUUUGAUUAUUCCUUGGAGAUGGUUUCUCUGCCCCCAGCCAGACGCGUGGGGGAAGGCCGCCGAGGCAGUUGGCCUAUAGUGGGAAUAAUCAAAUUACCCAUUUGCUGCAACUUUUGCGGCAGAACCGCUCGCGUGUAGAAAGAACAACUGGAGCCCAAAUCCCUCGGAGGGGGAGCGGGUGAAACCCGGGCGGAAAGGGGACGGGAGGGGCGAGGGGUGAGGCAAACCAUCCCCCGCGGCAGUGCGGAGCCGGCCACGCCGGGGACAGCGGGGCAGCCGGGGUGGCAAGGCCGGGGACGGGACAGGACAGGUGCCGGACGGGCAGCGCUGCUGCCCGCGCAGGGUCCGACACUGAGCGGCCCGCAGGCCCGGGCGGGGGAGACGGCGUGGUGCUGCUGCGAGGAAAGAAAUGCGACACAAAAGGUGCUCCGCAGAGGAACUCGGAUUUCUUCUUCUUCUUUUUUUUUUUUUUUUUUUUACGCCCUGUGUUGUGUUUGAGAGGGGUGAAGGCACCUCCUUGCCCCAAACACGUAUUCAUAUUCAUGAGAGCGCGCGUAAAUAAAGACAAAUCCCUGCUGUAGUAACACUUAGAUUCACAUCAUUCUUUGGUGCCCUUUAGAUUUGGGGGACGGAAGACAGAUGUUUGCAGAGCUUUUCUCUUCUUGUCUGCUGACCAUAAAGGGACAACCAUUUAGAACUCGCAAUUUGUUUCCAUCCUCCCACUAAAACCGUGUUCACAUUUAUUUUCAUUUCGACGGUGCACAAAAAACUGUCCACGGGCCAUCAAAGGCCGUUCUUUAUCAAAUACACAUUGUACAACAUGCAACCGCAAUAAAACUAUCAGACCUCGCCAUAAAACUAUCACCCGGAUCCUCAGCGGCUCAAGAAUCUUCUGCUUUGUUUUAUUACCCACCGGUAACUCAUAGUGACAUAGUCUCCCUCCCCCUCCCCCGCCGCAAAAAAAUAAAAGGAAACCUCAGUCAUUGGUGUAAUUAAAUACCGCUUUGGAGCGUUUUUAAUGUAUAAUAAACCACCUCAAAGCACAGGAGCCUGUAGAUUCCCCGUGUUCAUCCGCUGGCUUUGAAUUAAACUACUUAGUCUGGCAAAUACUAUGCAAGCCUAAAUGCCCCUAUAAAGACUUUAUGAGGUUGUUACUUUAAUUGUCGACUUGUUACAGAGCACAUAAAGGGGGUAAUGAACGCAAUAAAACUAAUUAUCUACACAUUGAAAUCAUAUAAAAUAUCCAACGUUUGUUUACACAACAGUGAGAUUUCAUUCAGCAUUUCCUAUGCUGCCUACCCAGAGGAGAAAUUUAAUGAAAUACGACUAACGAAGUGCAAAUUACAUCAUCGGCAAGAAAACUCGGCGAAGAUCCCCGGCGCUCCGCCGCCCCUCUCCGCGGCUGGCGGCGGCAGCGCGGAGCCUGCGCGGGUGCGGAGCAGCCCGCGGCAAGAAGGGGUCGCCGCUCCCGAGGCCAGCGGAGAAAAACGCCCGACCCAAGCGAGAUCCUCCUGCUCCAGCUUCGGAAACUGCGUGUGCCACGUCGUGUUUGGAAACAGGUUUCCAGAAGCCCCCCGUCCCGACCGCAUGUUUUAAGUGUGGCUUGGGUUUGCAUCUUCUCCCCGCUCACUUCUCGCCCUCCCGAAGAAAGAAAAAGCAGGUACAAAAUUGAAUGUGCUUCAUCCCGCACACAUCCCCCGUAUACCCUUCUCGAUCCGCCUUUUCCAUUCCAAUAUAAACGAUAUUAACGAUAAAUAACAAUAACGACAAUUUAAUCCAAGCCUUAGGUGUUAGCGAACAAAUAAAAACGGGGACACCAACCCCAACGAACACAUCUGUUUAGCAUCCAGAUGUUUUGCAUUCGAAGGCUUUAUUCGUUGCCUUGUGCCGAAAAAAAAUCCCAACAUCUAGAGUGUCGGUCCAGAGACCCUAGGAGAGGACACAAACAACGAAACCUGGUACUCCAGCCUUGGAGAAGAAAUGCGAUUUGUAAGUUGAUGGGUUUUUACCCCUGAAUCAGGUGUAUAAUAAAGAAACACUCUCCCUCUUCCCAUUAAAAAAAAAAAAAAAAAAAAAAAAAAAAAAAAAAAAGCAGCCCACUGGCUCACUUACUCUAUUUUACAGUGUGCCUGAGUCGGCUAAUGUCCCAGUCCUUUAUAGCAUUUCAUGCACUUCGGGGGGUAGACUUGUUGUUAAAUUGAGCGUGUAACGCUCUUACAAAACAGGUUUCUCGAUGACAUCAAGGUUUCUCUCCCUCACCAAGUGCGCACACACAAUAAAAAAAAAAUAAUAAAAGGAGAGGGGAAAAAAAAGAAAAAAAAAAAAGAAAAAAGAUCAGAGAGGGGUUGGGGGGCGGUGGGGAACCACGCUAUCUCAAUUUAUGCCUAAGGUAUAUGAUCAGUUAAAAAGGCUUAAAAGCAGGGGCAAAUUGGAUCAGGGAGAAUCGUCACCCAACUUUCAUUAUUUCCAAGUAGUGUGAUUGAAUUAAAGGGCAGGGAGCUGGUUAGAAGGGAGGAUCGAGGGGCUCAGUGCGUAAUGGUGUGGUAUUAAAUUCUAAUUAGAGAUGCAGGAAUCAGCGAUAGGGAGGUUGGACAGCUCGGUCCCUCAGUGCCAGCCCAAUAGACUGAUGAGUUAUUGUCAUGUAAAAAGCGCCAGCAAUAAGACCAACCGCUUUGCUAUUGUCCAAGUGGAAAGAGCCAAGUUUAUUAUGAGGACUAUAUGCUCUAGAGACCUCAGGCAAGGCAUCUCAUAGGAGGCUUUUUCAUAAAACUAGGCUCUGCUGGUAGUAAGGAGGCCACUCUCGAAGCAGGCGUUGAGCUGUGCACAUCUCCCCACCACAGGCACCUUCUCCAUAUAUCCAGCUUUUAUUUCAUUUUUUCCACUUGGCUGAGCCAUCCAGAGCCUUUUCAAUGUAUAAAAUGGAAUAUUCUUACCUCAAUUCCUCUGCCUACGAGUCCUGUAUGGCUGGGAUGGACACUUCGAGCCUGGCUUCAGCUUAUGCUGACUUCAGUUCCUGCAGCCAAGCCAGUGGCUUUCAAUAUAACCCUAUAAGGACCACUUUUGGGGCCACGUCUGGCUGCCCAUCCCUCACUCCAGGAUCCUGCAGUCUCGGCUCUCUUAGGGACCACCAGAGCAGUCCAUACGCAGCAGUUCCUUACAAACUCUUCACCGACCACGGGGGUUUAAACGAGAAGAGAAAGCAGAGGCGGAUCAGAACUACGUUCACAAGCGCCCAGCUCAAGGAACUGGAGAGGGUGUUCGCAGAGACUCACUAUCCUGAUAUAUACACCCGGGAGGAGCUGGCGCUCAAGAUAGACCUCACCGAGGCGAGAGUGCAGGUCUGGUUCCAGAACCGCCGCGCCAAAUUCCGCAAGCAGGAGAGGGCGGCGGCGGCAGCGGCGGCGGCAGCCAAGAACGGGGCGGCCGGCAAGAAGUCCGACGCCUCCCGCGACGACGAGAGCAAGGAGGCCAAGAGCACCGACCCCGACAGCACCGGCGGGCCCGGCCCCAACCCCAACCCCGCUCCCAGCUGCGGCGGAGGCGGUGGCGGCGGACCCAGCCCGGCCGCCGGGCAGGGAACGGCAGGGCCCGGCGGGCCGGGGGGAGAGCCGGGCAAGGGAGCGGCGGGGCCGGGGCAGGGCUGGGCGCCGGGGCCCGGGCCCAUCACCUCUAUCCCCGACUCGUUAGGCGGCCCCUUCGCCAGCGUCCUCUCCUCGCUGCAGCGGCCCGGAGGCACCAAAGGCAGCCUCGUCAAGAGCGGCAUGUUCUGAGCGGCGGCGGCGGCGGCGGCGGCGGCGGCCCCUCCCGCUCGUUAGUAUCCGCCGCCCGCCCAUAGCGAUGACCGGGGCCCGGGCUGCGCCAGGCUCCGCGGGGCAGGGACCCCGCGCCCCACGGGGGGCCGCGCCCGGCUCCCCUCGCUCCCGGCCCGGCGGCGGGGCCGGCCCCGCAGCGCCUCCGCCGGGGCGGGGCAGGGGCUGCCGGGCGGGGAGCGCGGGCCGCGGGGACUGUGCCCGCGGGCGGCCCGGCACCGGGGGGGCACCCUUCGCGCCCCUGGGGUUUUUUAAGUUCCUUUUCACGGUCAGCCGGAGGGACAAAGUGUCUUCUUCCCCUCCUCCCCUCCUCCCCCGCCACCCCGGGGCCCCGCGCCUGGGAGUGGUCCUUCCUCCGCCGUCCG